AUGGAUCUACUCCUUUUCCACCUCCCGCCGAAGGUACCCAAGAAGGCAAAGAAGAAGUCCGCAGAGGGAGCCAACUCUAAUGUAUUUUCUAUAUUUGAGCAGUCUCAAAUCCAGGAGUUCAAGGAGGCAUUCACCAUCAUGGACCAAAACCGAGAUGGAUUCAUUGACAAAAACGACUUGAGCGACACCUUUGCUGCACUGGGCCGUCUCAACGUGAAGCAAAAGGAGAUAGAUGAGAUGCUGAAAGAAGCGUCGGGCCCAGUCAACUUCACCGUCUUCUUCACCAUGUUUGGAGAGAAGCUAAAAGGCGCUGAUCCAGAGGAAACUAUCCUCAACGCAUUUAAAGUAUUUGAUCCUGAAGGAAAACGGGUCCUGAGGAAGGACUCUGUGACCGAGAUACUGACGACACAAGCGGACAGAUUUUCUCCUGAAGAGAUGGAGCAAAUGUUUGCAGCCUUCCCACCAGACGUGGCAGGAAAUCUAGACUACAAAAACCUUGUCCACAUCAUCAAACAUGGAGAAGAGAAGGAUCAGGAGUAA